UAAUCAGGAUAAGGGCAUUUACUCCCACAGGGCGCAUCUCGGGCUGCGCCUACACACCGACGAACAAACAAACCUCUGACUUUGACGACACACCUGCGCUUCACCUCCGACCAACAACCUGCUCGCAUCAAUUGUUAUCUUACUGAUCAGUUAUUUGACUGCUAUAUAAAAAAGAUGGACGCCGAGGCAUCAACCAGUAACACCACACCGUUGGCUAAUGUCGCCGCGCAGACGACUAUUCUGUCCCAGCGCUUUCAAUUCUAUCUUGAUCAGUCUACGCCAUACGUCUUUUACCGAUGGGUAGGCUCUGGCACGCUACUCUUCUUCUUCAUGCUCCGCAUUGUCCUUUCGCAGGGAUGGUACAUUGUGUGCUAUUCGCUUGGCAUCUACCUGCUCAACCUCUUCCUUGCCUUCCUGCAGCCAAAAUUCGAUCCCUCGCUUGAGCAAGACAUGAAGGAGCGCGAGUCCGAGGAAGGAGGCGCGUUGCCGACCCGACAGGACGAGGAGUUCAGACCGUUCAUUCGACGGCUACCGGAGUUCAAGUUCUGGUACUCGGCCACUAAAGCUACCGCCAUCGCGUUUGUUUGCACCUGGUUUGCCAUAUUCGAUGUUCCAGUCUUCUGGCCCAUCCUUCUCAUCUACUUCUGUAUCCUAUUCACAAUCACGAUGCGCAGACAGAUCCAGCAUAUGAUGAAAUACCGAUACCUGCCCUUCGAUCUCGGCAAGGUCCGCUACUCCCGCAACCGAAACAACUAAAUCACACAUCGCGGGCCGGCGCUUUCUCCUUCUUCCCCCACCUCCAGGCGCCGUCCUUCCCCGCCUUCUCUCUCCUUCAAACGAGUCCACUUUUUCAGACUAUAGGUAGGACUCUCUAUAUACAACCAAGAUUUAUUU